AGUUAACAGAAUAUGGGCGCAUGUAUUUCAACAAGUUCCCAUCUUUAGAUCAAAUCCACUUUGUGCACACAAAAACAGGAAAAACGAAUAAAAAUGAGGGUGGCGGUGAUCGGAGGUGGGGUAAGUGGAUUGGGAAGUGCUUACGUUCUUGCAAGAGAUGACGCAGUUAAGGAGUUGGUGUUGUUCGAAAAGGAGGACUCUCUGGGAGGUCAUGCUAGAACGAUGCGUUUUGAUGGCGUUGACUUAGACCUUGGAUUCACAGUUUUCAAUAGUGUUACGCAUCCGAACAUGAUGGGAUUCUUGAAGAACCUAGAGGUAGACAUGGAGGAUUCUGACAUGUCUUUCUCAGUGAGCCUUGACAAUGGCCGAGGCUACGAAUGGGGCUGCCGCCACGGCCUUUCAAGCUUGUUUGCUCAGAAGAGAAACAUUCUCAAUCCGUUUUUCUGGCAGAUGAUCAGAGAAACAAAAAAGUUCAAGGAAGACGUACAAAAAUAUCUCGAAGACCUGGAGCGUAACCUUGAUGUCGACAGAACAGAAACCCUAGGAGAGUUUCUCGAGUCUCAUGGGUAUUCUAACGUGUUUCAAAAGGCUUACUUGGUACCAGUAUGUGGUUUGAUAUGGUCAGGUUCAUCAGAGAGCGUUCUCAACCUUUCGGCGUACUCUGUUCUUUCGUUUUGUCGUAACCACCAUUUGCUUCAGCUCUUUGGGAGGCCAGAGGGGCUGACUGUUGCAGGACGUUCUCAGACUUUUGUGGCAAAGGUUAGGGCAGAAUUGGAGAAACGAGGAUGCAAGAUUAUAACAAAUUGCAAAGUACAAUCUGUUGCGACAUCUGAGAAUGGUUGCGUCAUAGUAACAACUGAAGAUGGAUCUCAACAAGUAUUCGAUAAAUGCAUAUUAGCUGUGCACGCACAAGAUGCUUUGAGAUUCCUUGGAGAUAAAGUUACUUAUGAUGAGACUAGGGUUCUUGGUGCUUUCCAAUACACUGACAGCGAUCUUUAUCUCCACCGUGACACUGACCUGAUGCCACGGAAGACUGGUGCUUGGAGCGCUUGGAAUUUCCUAGGAAGUUCUGAAAAUAAAGCGAGCGUUACAUAUUGGCUCAAUAUAAUUCAGAAGCUUGGAGAGGAACAUGAUCCAUUCUUUAUCACUGUUAAUCCUGAAUAUACACCAAAGAGAACAUUGUUCAAAUGGACCACUAGUCAUCCUGUGCCCUCUGUUUCCACUUGGAAAGCUUCACAAGAAAUAUACCAGAUUCAAGGGAAGCGUGGUAUAUGGUUCUGUGGUGCAUAUCAAGGCUAUGGUUUCCAUGAAGAAGGACUAAAGGCUGGUAUGGCGGCUUCACAAGGUCUGCUAGGGAAAGAUAUGGUUCCAACUCUUACCAACCUGAAACAUAUGGUCCCAUCUGUAACCGAGAAAGGGGCUCGGUUUUUCUUUACUAAAUUCUUGAGAAACUUUAUAUCAACCGGUUGUAUAACAAUACAUGAAGAAGGAGAUACAGUGCUCACUUUUGAAGGAAAGGAUUCGAGCUGUCACUUGAAAUCUAUCCUUGAAGUCCACAAUCCUCAGUUUUACUGGAAGGUUAUGACACAGGCAGAUUUAGGCCUUGCUGAUGCUUAUAUCAAUGGAGAUUUUUCAUUUGCUGAUAAGGAAAGAGGGCUUUUAGAUCUGAUCAUGAUUCUCAUUGCUAACAAAGAAUUGAACUCAAAAAACUCAAAACGUGCUAAGAAAAGGGGAUGGUGGACACCGAUGUUUCUGACUGCCAGUUUAGCAUCUGCAAAUAAUUUUCUAAAGCAUGUCUCUAGGCAAAACACAUUAACUCAAGCUCGAAGGAACAUUUCUCGUCACUAUGAUCUUAGUAAUGAGCUUUUUGCUUUGUUCCUGGAUGAUACCAUGACUUAUUCCUCUGCAGUAUUCAAGUCGGCUGAUGAAGAUCUGAGAACUGCACAAAUGAGAAAAAUAUAUCUUCUGAUUGAUAAGGCAAGGAUUGAGAAGAAUCAUGAGGUUUUAGAAAUCGGAUGCGGGUGGGGAACUUUAGCCAUAGAAGUUGUGAAAAGAACUGGAUGCAAAUACACUGGCAUCACACUUUCUAUUGAACAACUUAAGUAUGCAGAAGAAAAAGUGAAAGAAGCUGGACUUGAGGAUCGGAUUACGUUUAAGCUCUGCGAUUAUCGCCAACUAUCUGAUGCUCACAAAUAUGACAGGAUUAUAUCUUGUGAGAUGCUAGAAGCGGUUGGCCAUGAAUUCAUGGAGACAUUUUUCAGACAUUGUGAAGCUGCACUUGCAGAAGAUGGCAUUUUUGUAUUGCAGUUCAUAUCAAUACCUGAGGAGCGUUACGAUGAGUACAGACUAAGUUCAGAUUUCAUAAAAGAAUACAUAUUCCCUGGUGGAUGCCUUCCUUCUUUAGCCAGAGUUACUUCAGCCAUGGCAUCUUCUUCUAGACUAUGCAUUGAAAACGUUGAGAACAUUGGGAUUCAUUACUACCAAACAUUGAGAUUGUGGAGGAAGACCUUCUUGGAGAGACAGAAACAAAUAAAUGAUCUUGGAUUCGACGAUAAAUUCAUCAGAACAUGGGAAUAUUAUUUUGACUACUGUGCAGCUGGUUUCAAGACUCUUACCCUUGGAAACUAUCAGGUAGUGUUCUCACGUCCUGGAAAUGUAGCUGCACUUGGGGAUCCAUUACGCAGCUUCCCUUCUGCUUAAGUAUAAUCAAGAUUAUAUGCAUAUUUUUCAAACUUUCUUAAAGUAUUAUUACUCUCAUUUCUUGUGUUGUUUUCCAUAAAAGAUUCAUAGUUUCCGUGUGAAAGUAUAUAUGUAAACUUGUAAGAAUAUAUGCUUCCAUAAUUCUGUACCAACAAUAUUGUACUGUCCAGACCAUAUAUCAAUUUAUUCUACAAUAAAAGUUCAUAACCGCC